AUGAGUGAAUUGGGAGAAGAAGAGGGUUGUCCUCGUGAACAACCGGCCAACUUGGACGCUAUCAUUGCCAGACCUGUAAAACGACCGACUCCACCACCACGACCCAGCCGACCAGCUGUGGCCCCAAUGGCUCGUGCGCUGAACACCGCUGUUCCGAUGGAGACGAGCUCUCGUGGCCCUGCGGGAGAACACCCAUCCAACGAAACUGUCGAUUCGUCGGCAUCAAUAGCAGCUCCAAUGGCGCCACCGCAACCGUCACCUCCUCAGCCACCAGUCAGCUGUACGCCUGUGCAACAGAAAAAGUUCGAAGUGUGUGUACGGCCGCUUACGGCAUUCCAACCGCAUCCGCUGUCUGUGAUCAAAAUGCCACGACAAAUCGACGAAGCUUGUGAGGAAUUCAAGAAGUUCCAGACCUGCGUCGCUGACGUCACUUGCCAUCCACUAUGGGCAAAAGGCAUGACAGCUAUGUUUUCCUACGCUUGUGGGGAAGGCAGUGAAAGGUUACAAAAAGGUACGGUCCGACAAUGUCUGCGGAAGGUGGUAGCUGAGGAUACUGUCAAAGAGUGCGUAACAACAUUCUCACGAGGAGCUCCAACUCAAGCUUGCUUGUCCGCCAACGCACUUCUAACCUGCGCUAUUGCCCCCAUCCAGACGGAGUGUGGUGAAGAGACCUCAGACUGGGUACUCAAAUAC